AUGGACUGUGUCAUCCAAAAAGCAGAAGUGCUGGGUGGAGCUCACUUGAUGCGAAUCAUCUGGCAGGAUGGUGCAGACUCUAUCUACCCAGCUGUGUGGCUCCGGGACAACUGUCAGUGUCCUGACUGUUAUCUUGAUUCGGCAAAAGCUCGGAAACUUCUUAUCGAAGCUCUUGAUGUGUACAUUGGGAUCAAAGACUUGAUGUUUGACAAGAAAAAGGUUCAUAUCAUGUGGCCAAAUGACCACUACAGUGAAUAUAAAGCUGAUUGGCUGAAGAAAAGAUGCUUUUCACAGCAGGCCAGAGAAAGACUCCAGAAAGAAUUGUUUUUGCCAGAGUGUCAGUACUGGGGCUCAGAGUUCCAGCUGCCUACUCUGGAUUUCGAAGAUGUUUUAAAAGACGAUGAGCACGCAUACAGGUGGCUCUCCAGCCUAAAGAAGGUUGGCAUCGUGCGACUCACAGGAGCAGCUGACAAACGAGGAGAAGUUUUAAAACUCGGGAAAAGGAUUGGUUUCCUUUAUCUCACAUUUUAUGGACAUACUUGGCAAGUUCAAGACAAAAUCGAUGCAAACAAUGUGGCUUACACAACUGGGAAGCUAAGCUUUCAUACUGAUUAUCCAGCCCUCCAUCAUCCACCUGGGGUUCAGCUUCUGCACUGCAUAAAGCAAACCGUCACUGGGGGUGAAUCAGAAAUUGUAGAUGGAUUCAACGUAUGCCAAAAGCUCAAGGAAAAAAAUCCUCGAGCAUUCCAGAUUCUGUCCUCCACCUUCGUGGACUUUACAGACAUUGGAGUGGAUUACUGUGAUUUCUCUGUACAAUCCAAACACAAAAUUAUAGAAUUAGACGAUAAAGAUCAAGUGGUUCGUAUCAACUUCAACAAUGCAACUAGAGACACGAUAUUUGAUGUACCUGUCGAGAGAGUUCAGCCUUUCUAUGCUGCUCUGAAGGAGUUUGUUGACCUCAUGAACUGUAAAGAUUUCAAGUUUACUUUCAAGAUGAAUCCAGGUGAUGUGAUUACCUUUGAUAAUUGGCGCUUACUUCAUGGCCGACGAAGCUAUGAAGCCGGAACUGAGAUAUCCCGCCAUCUAGAAGGGGCUUAUGCUGACUGGGAUGUGGUCAUGUCAAGACUACGUAUCUUAAGGCAGAGUGUCCAGAAUAGAAACUGA